AUGUUUAAUAAUUUACCAUAUUUAGUUCGAAAUUAUAUAAUAGAAUUAAGUUUGUCUCCAUUUAUGUUGGAUGAUGAUGAGGAGUACGAUUAUAGAAAUGAAAUACAUCAGGAAUGGAGACAAAAGUUGGGAAUGGUCAGUUGGUGUUUUUUUGAAAUAGUUUCGAAAAAACUCAAUGAUUUCACUCUGACCAUGAGGAACAAGCGAUAUGCCAGAGAGUUUGCCACUUUAUUGAAUGGCGAAUUCAACAGAUUCUCCAUCAUCAAGAAUCUUACAAAGCUAUCUCUCUACAGAGUUUUUAGAGACAGCUAUGUAUCGUUUCUCAGUGGGGAUGAACUCGAUCAAAAGAAUGUGGUGCUCACUCACUCUGUGGUUUCGCCGCUGACUCAUCUCAAAAUUGUCGACGAUGUUGAGAUGACAAUGCUCUCUAGUAUCCUACUUAACAGAAAAUAUCGAAAUCUGAACACUCUCGAACUGGAAGUGCAUGGCUGGGAGAAUGAUGGACAUGAAAUUGGAAUAUUAUCAAAGGCAAUUUCACUCAAUUCCACCAUCAAAGAGUACCAUUUGGUUUUCCAUGAAUAUGGAGGAGAGAAUGUGUUGAACAGAGAAAGAUAUCUCCCCCUAGUCAAGUCACUCUCUGCCAAAAGUCAACAACUUUCAAGUGUAUCGCUGAUGAUGACAAUAGAUGGAAUUCAAACAAUUUCAGAGGUAUUUUCCAUUUCCACCAUUCAAAAGUUGGCAAUUACCACUUCGGCAUCCGAUCCAAAUCUACUGUCAUUUCUUUCAGAGCAACUUGGUAAAAGUAAAUCACUCAAGGAAUGUCGGGUGAAACUCACAUCAACAAGUAUUCCAACUGGACAAUUGGCAUCGGAAGUUGCCAAUGCCUUUUACAUCAACACUAGUUUUUAA